GUUUACAUUCAUCAUUUCUCAUUCCUCUUCUCACUACCUCUCUGCUCGAUCUCGCUCUGUAAUCUCUCUUAGCUCUGAGACUCUCGUUCGCCGCAUCACCAACAUGGAUGAAGAAUACGACGUCAUCGUUCUCGGCACCGGCCUCAAGGAAUGCAUCAUCAGCGGCCUUCUCUCCGUUGAUGGACUCAAGGUGCUACACAUGGACAAAAAUGACUAUUAUGGAGGGGAGUCCACUUCGCUUAAUCUAGUUCAGCUUUGGAAGCGGCUUAGAGGGACUGACAAGCCUCCAGAGAAUUUGGGUUUAAGUAAAGAGUACAAUGUUGAUAUGAUUCCAAAAUUCAUGAUGGCAAAUGGUGCUUUGGUCCGAGUGCUUAUCCAUACUAAAGUUACCAAAUACCUGAACUUCAAAGCAGUAGAUGGUAGUUUUGUUUACAACAAAGGAAAGGUCUACAAAGUCCCUGCAACUGAUGUUGAAGCACUGAAAUCCUCACUGAUGGGGUUGUUUGAGAAGCGUCGUGCCCGAAAGUUCUUUAUUUAUGUGCAAGAAUUUGAUGUGACGGACCCAAAGACUCAUCAUGGAAUGGACCUGACCAGCAUCACAGCUAAACAAUUUAUAGCGAAAUAUGAGCUUGAAGACAAUACGAUUGAUUUUAUUGGUCAUGCCCUGGCUCUCCAGACUGAUGAUAAGUAUUUGGAUCAACCUGCAAUUGAAUUUGUGAAGAAAGUCAAGCUAUAUGCAGAGUCUUUGGCUCGCUUUCAAGCAGGUUCUCCUUAUAUCUAUCCAAUGUAUGGACUCGGGGAAUUGCCUCAGGGAUUUGCACGUCUCAGUGCAGUUUAUGGUGGGACUUACAUGCUUAACAAGCCUGAGUGUAAGGUGGAGUUUGAUGAGAGUGGCAAAGCCUAUGGUGUGACCUCUGAAGGAGAAACAGCUAAAUGCAAGAAAGUUGUUUGUGAUCCAUCAUAUUUAACUGAUAAGGUCAAGAAGGUUGGGAAAGUUUCUCGUGCUAUCUGCAUAAUGAGCCAUCCUAUCCCCCACACACAUGACUCUCAUUCUGUUCAGGUUAUUUUGCCACAAAAACAACUUGGUCGCAAAUCAGACAUGUACUUAUUCUGCUGCUCCUAUUAUCACAACAUUGCCCCCAAAGGGAAGUAUAUAGCCUUUGUUUUGACAGAGGCCGAAACAGACAAUCCUGAAAAAGAACUAAAGCCGGGGGUUGACUUACUUGGACCUGUGGAUGAGAUAUUUUAUGAAACUUAUGACAGAUACGUACCCAUAAAUGACUCUGCUGCUGAUAAUUGCUUCAUAUCUGCUAGCUAUGAUGCUUCAACGCACUUUGAGAGCACAGUAAAGGAUGUGCUAGCCAUGUAUACCAAAAUCACUGGCAAGGCUGUUGAUUUGUCUGUGGACCUGAGUGCUGCAAGUGCGGGUGGUGAUGAUGAAGAUCAAUAGAUUUAUUUUCCUAAGUGCUGCAUGGCAUCAGUUUUAGCCAAGCUAGAAAUUAAAUCAAAUGGCUUUUCAUUUCAGGUGUCAGCCAAAUUCUUUGCAAGUAAGCAUAAUCAAAACGAAGUUCCACUUAGCUGGCUUCAAUAGAAAUGAAGAAUGCUAGUGCAGUAGUUUCUGGUUAUGUUGUAGUUAGGUCUUGCAAUUCAUGUUCCCAUUGUUUAUCUCAGACUUUAAUUUGCUUUUCCUUUCCUGUUAAAUGCAAUGCAUCCAUUCAUUUCA